CUAUUCCAUUAUAUUUCCUUAAUUCCUUUUCUAGUUAUGCAUGUGUAUCAAGGAUUUCAAUUUCUAGCAUAUUUCCUUUACUUUAAUUCGUUUUGUUGGUAGUAAUCUUAAAGAAAUUGGAGGCCUGUGAGUGUCCGAGAUUAUCGUAAAGUUGGAUGAGAAUUUUAAGUUAGUCGUACUGGUACCGACGGUGACUACUGAGAGUUGGAUUGAAAUGGCCGUACGUAGCAGCAGCAGGUAGAUGAAGAAAGACGGGUUUCUUUUAUUAUGCGCCAUCAAAUAAUGGAGUAUAGCUAUCUCAAAUGAAAUCCUACCAUUGAAAUGACAGCCAUUCUUAAUAUUAUCCCGUACCCUACAUCUACCUUCCUUCCCAGUUCCCAAAGCCGCCACGUGUCAGAGUUCAUAAAGGGCAAAUCAAAAGGGUAGCUUAGCUAAAUACUAGCAAAAGACAAAAUAGCAACGGCCCUGAUCAGGCGCAGAUCUGCACUGCGAAGCUGGGGGCAAUUGAAUUCUCUUCACACUGAGACUCGGUGUAGCGGCUUUGUUUGUUUCUUUGCUAUAAACACACACACACUUCAACAGCACACCAUUUAGAUCUCUCCGCUCCGGUGCCUAGUCGGAUCCGGGCCGGCGUUUCUGGACCGGCCCAUGUCCGCCCUUUGACUCGGCCCAACCCAACAAACCGCACCGCCGCUGCAUCCCUCUUCCCAUGGGCCAGUGCUACGGCAAGCCCAAUCCCACCGGCGGUAACCACCAUGACGUCGACCCAGCCGCCGCAAUUGAGGCCUCCGGGGAAGCAUUUCGCUCGCCGCUCCCCUCCUCCGCCGCCACCAACGGCUUCCCGUCGGUGAAGAACACGCCGGCUCGCUCGUCCUCGCAUGCGAGCCCAUGGCCAAGCCCGUACCCUCACGGCGUGAACGCCAGCCCGUUGCCGGGGGACGGGGUGUCGCCGUCGCCGGCCAGAGGGACUACGCCGAGGAGGUUCUUUAGACGGCCGUUUCCUCCUCCGUCUCCGGCGAAGCACAUAAGGGCGUCGCUGGCGAAGAGGCUGGGGCAGGGUAAGCCGAAGGAGGGGCCGAUACCGGAGGAUCGAGGGGCGGAGGCGGAGGCGGUGGCGGAGCAGUCUCUUGACAAGAGCUUCGGUUAUGGAAAGAACUUUGGAGCUAAGUAUGAGCUGGGAAACGAAGUGGGGCGAGGGCAUUUUGGUCAUACCUGCUCCGCCAGGGUGAAGAAGGGUGAACUCAAAGACCAGCUUGUUGCUGUCAAAAUCAUUUCCAAGGCCAAGAUGACCACGGCAAUAGCAAUUGAAGAUGUUCGUAGAGAGGUGAAGCUAUUAAAAGCUCUAUCUGGCCAUAAGCAUCUUGUCAAAUUUUAUGAUGCUUACGAGGAUGCCAACAACGUGUACAUAGUUAUGGAAUUGUGUGAAGGUGGGGAGCUUCUUGACCGGAUUUUGUCAAGAGGGGGAAGAUAUACAGAGGAGGACGCAAAGGUUAUAGUUUUGCAGAUUCUAAGUGUAGUUGCUUUUUGUCAUCUUCAAGGUGUUGUCCACCGUGACCUAAAGCCUGAGAAUUUUCUCUUCACUUCAAGGAGCGUAGAUGCUGAUAUGAAGCUUAUAGAUUUUGGUCUAUCUGAUUUCAUCAGGCCAGAUGAACGGUUGAAUGACAUUGUUGGGAGUGCAUAUUAUGUUGCACCUGAGGUCCUUCACAGGUCAUAUAGUCUAGAAGCAGAUAUAUGGAGUAUUGGUGUUAUCACCUACAUCUUACUAUGUGGAAGUCGCCCUUUCUGGGCUCGAACAGAAUCUGGAAUUUUUCGUGCAGUGCUCAGAGCUGAUCCGAACUUCGAUGAUCUGCCCUGGCCAACUGUGUCUUCAGAGGCUAAGGACUUUGUCAAAAGGCUCUUAAACAAGGAUUACAGGAAAAGAAUGACCGCUGUCCAAGCACUGACUCACCCUUGGUUAAGGGAUGACAGUCGUCCUAUUCCAUUAGAUAUAUUAAUUUAUAAAUUAGUGAAGUCAUAUCUUCAUGCGACUCCAUUCAAGCGUGCAGCAGUGAAGGCCCUUUCAAAAGCCUUGACAGAGGAUGAGUUAGUUUAUCUUAGAGUACAAUUCAGAUUGUUGGAACCAAAUAGAGAUGGGCAUGUCUCCCUUGACAAUUUCAAAAUGGCUCUUGCUCGUCAUGCCACUGAUGCCAUGAGGGAGUCAAGGGUUCUCGAAAUCAUACAUGCGAUGGAACCACUUGCCCAUAGGAAGAUGGAUUUCGAAGAAUUUUGUGCCGCUGCUAUUAGCACUUAUCAACUGGAGGCACAUGAUAGGUGGGAAGAUAUUGCCAAUACUGCUUUUGAGCAUUUUGAGAGAGAAGGCAACCGUGUGAUAUCAGUUGAAGAGUUAGCAAGAGAGUUGAAUCUUGGUCCUUCAGCUUAUGGCAUUCUCAAAGAUUGGAUACGAAAUACUGAUGGGAAGCUCAAUUUACUUGGAUAUACAAAAUUCUUACAUGGCGUGACUCUCCGGUCAAACCCAAGACACCGAUGACCUUAGACCUUUGGCAUAUAAAGGUAGGGAGAAAAGAUCUUAUAGGUUUAUAGGAAUUUAUUUUCUUCAUUUUUUGUUUCUGGACAGUGUGUAUAAAUGAGUGUGAUAGCUGAUAUGGUAUGAGGAAAGGUUGAGUCAAUAUUCCUGCUCUCUGCUGUCGCCCUAUUUUGCAGUUUGCAGAUACUAUGUUUCUACGGGUUUGAGCCCGUAGCGCGCUUAUUCAUUUGUUUCCGAACGUUUCCAACCAGUACAAAAAAUCAAAGGAUCAAAUGUGAAAA